UUUACAUCUCUCCCAGUCUCCCUGACAACGUCGAAAGCUCAAACGUCUUUCCCGUUUCAGAUCCUCGAAAGUUUUAUGGUGUGCUACUGCGUCCAGAUUUCCUGUUUCUCUUCUAUUAUGGCCAUGAGCGAUAAGCAUGCCGCUUCCAUGAAUUAACUAUACAAGCAAGAAUGGCGGGGAGAGAUAGAAUCAGUCAACUUCCAGAAGACAUAUUGGACCAUAUUUUGGGAUUAGUACCUAUCCAAGAUAUUGCUAAAUUUGCAGUUUUGUCUACCAUUUGGAGAGAUAUCUGGUUCACUCUCACACAGCUCUGUUUUGAUAGUCAGUUCUUUAGCUACUUUGACAAAAAAUAUCAGUCUAGCAGAUAUGUCAUGAAGUCCUCCGCUUUGUAUGUAAUCAACAAAGUGCUCUUGCAGCACAAGGGAACAAUUCGGAAAAUUGUCAUUGAUUUAACUAAUAUGGGGGUACUUACCAUUAAGUCUAGGUCUUUUGACUUUGACCAAUGGCUAGGUUUAGUCACACGUAAAGGUGUUGAAGAAGUCAACCUUUAUUUUGGGCAUAAAGCGUACCGGCUUCCCCAUUGUAUAUUUUCGUGCUCAACGCUCAAGAGUUUGCAUCUUCGUCAUAUCAAUGUACAACCAUGGGAUUUACCCGACACUUUACCGAAUCUUACUUCCCUAUAUUUUGAAGAUGUUGAAUUUGAUCUUAUGGGCCCCCCAUAUAAAGUUGUUGACGUUCCUUUGCUAAAGAAACUGUUAUUUAAGAGGUGUAAGUAUGUAUCACAGUCCAACAUCACUGCUAGAAAUCUUUGCACUUUGAAAAUCAAGGGUUGUUUUUAUAGCAAGUUCUGCAACCUCCCCACACUCGUCCGGGACUUGGUAUUUGUUCGUAACCUUGAUUUGGACUAUCAUUUUCUUAAGGUACUUCCACCACAAACAGCCGCAAUGAAUGUGGAAUCACUAAAGCUCUCAAAUUUUCGCUUCCAAGAUAACGGUAGGACCUCUGCCUUUGUACGCCUACUACGCAUAUGCCCAAAGCUACAAAGUCUUGGAGUAAGGCUUUCGGUAAUAUUUAUAAUUUAUUGUAGGAUUUUGAUUGUUUCCAUUAUAUUCUAUGUUUGGUUUAAUUUAUACGGAGUACCACUUACAAUUAACAAUGUUUUACUGUAUGUUAAGCUGAACCAUUUUUUUUUUUCGGUUUUUCAUUUUUGAAGUGGACAGAAGAUAGUCAAGAUACAAUAGAUUCUACAUCGGCGUGCUGGAAGAAACUUCAUAGGGCGGUUCGAAAAUGCAAACAGCUUCGCCUUUUGCAGCUUGGCUCAUUCCAUGGAAUAAGAUCUGAAAUGCUUUUCAUAAAGGAGAUGUUGGCCUCUCUUCGGGCACUUGAAAAAGUUAUCAUCACUUGUGCUGAGCGUAUGUUUGACGACAACAAGAAACAUGAAACUUUGGAAGAAGUUUUGCAAUUUCCACGUACAUCUCCCAUAGCAAAAAUUGUUGUGUAAUGGCUAUUAUUCCAAGUAGAAUGUGCUAGUACAAAACUCUUAUAAUUCGCAUGAGCUACAUGCAAAAUGGGUGGUAGUUUUGUUUGUGCACUUUAACACUACACCCGCUCUAAUUUUUGUAUGAAUAUUGUGCCAUGCACUAAUCACUUCUGUUUUUGUCAAAUGGAUGUUAUGUCUUUUGCAGAAACUUACGAACUG